AUGUCGAAAAAAGCAGUAGCAAAGAAACCAGUGGUACCAGCGAUGUUCGCGAAAAGCGCAGCAUCAUCAUCGCCAACAAAAUCUGCAGAAGGAAACAAAGAAAAUCAUACAAAACCAGAUCGAUUAGUACCAUGGGUUGAGAAAUAUCGACCCAAGAAAGUCAGUGAUGUUGCUUAUCAAGAUGAAGUUGUUGCAGUGUUGACCAAAUGUCUUGCUGGAAGUGAUUUUCCUAAUCUGUUGUUCUAUGGACCACCAGGUACUGGUAAAACGAGUACUAUUCUUGCUGCGGCACAUGAACUUUUUGGUCCUCAACUUUUUCGUGAUCGGGUAAUGGAAUUGAACUCGUCAGAUGAACGUGGCAUCAAUGUUAUACGUGAGAAAGUCAAGAAAUUCGCACAAUUUUCGGUAGUUGCAACACGUACUGACGGUGUUUAUUGUCCGCCAUUUAAAUUGGUUAUUCUCGAUGAAUGUGAUUCAAUGACGAAAGCUGCUCAAGCUGCACUUCGUCGAACAAUGGAACGGGAAUCAAAAACAACGAGAUUUUGUUUGAUUUGUAAUUAUAUCAGUCGAAUAAUCGAUCCAAUUACAUCUCGAUGUGCUAAAUUUCGUUUUAAACCGUUAAGUAAUAACAUUAUUGAACAACGUUUACAAGCAAUUUGCAACAAUGAAAAUGUUCAAUGUGAACCUGAGGCUAUCAGCGAAUUAGUUAAAUGUACGGAAGGCGACAUGCGUAAAGCGGUGACAUUUUUGCAAAGUGUCGCUCGUUUCCGCACAAAUGAAACGAUUUCGACGAAGGAUGUGCAUGAAAUAACUGGCGUUAUUCCAGACAAUGUUAUUGAAAAUCUCUAUCAAGUAUGUCACUCAGGUUCUUAUGAAAAACUCGCAACAACAGUGAAAAAUGUGCUCUUAGAAGGGUAUGCAUCUCAUCAAUUAUUGUUACAAUUACACGAUCAUAUUUUGGCUCAGAUGGCGUUGGGUAAUGAACAAAAAGCGGUUAUUUUCGAGAAAUCAGCGGUUGUCGAUGGAUGUUUACUCGAUGGCGCUGAUGAAUAUUUGCAAUUAAUGGAUUUUCUUUGUACGGUGAUGCAUCAGUUAUGUCGAACAUAA